ACGAGAGAAAAAAAGAAAAAUGAUAGUUGAAUAACAAUGGUGUAAAUAGUUGGAUUCCAUAAAAGGCGUGAUUAUUUAUUUUCUGCUUUGCAUAUCCCUUGACUAAUUUUGUGGCCUUUUUCUUUGGGAAAUGAAAACCAAUUGCAUUCCUGAAUACUUUAUAGAUAAUAAUGCAUAGGAGAGCGACAAGAUUCUUGCUUGUUUAGACUGUUGAGCCUUCCUUAAAAGGCUUUACCAGUUAUACUAUUGUUGAUCAUACAAUUCAUAGCCAAACUGCACGAUUUCGAGUUCGAACGGUUCUCAGCGAAAGACAUGCCAAUCAAACCCAAGGGAUCAGAAGGGCCUCAAAGCCCGUCAUUAACUACAGCUAGAGGUCCCCGACAUGUAAGAACCUCCAGCUCUGAUUCUGAUCCACUUCAUCAUCGUCCAAUCACAGAAAGAAGCCCCAGGGUUGGGGAUUAUCGAUCUCCGAGGGGCACUCAAUCUGAUCCACCGAUUCAGCAGAAGAAACUUGGUAGUCGUAUCACACACCUCGAAACUCAACUAGUACAAGCUCAACAUGAGUUGAAAAGUCUGAAGCAUCAGUUAACUUCGGCUGAAGCUGCAAGGAAGCAAGCCCAAGAAGAAUUACAUAAGAAGGGCGGCAAGAAACAGAUUACGACUAAAAAGGUUGUAGGGCGAGGAGACCCUACUACUGUUGCAGAAACUAGAAAGAGCAAUUCAAAGGACAAGCAUGAAGAUGAAGUGCCCGAAUAUUUUCAAAGAGAGACGGAUGUUUUUGAGGUCCCCAUGGAGAAAAAGUUGAUCGAGACCGAGGUGGAACUGAGUCGGUGUUCAGUUGUGGAACACGUAAAGGAAAAGCUUUCAUCAUCUGAUGAGGCAGCCGCGAAGAAUGAUGUUGAUGAAAUGAGAGCCAUCAUGGAAGAAAAAGAGAAGAAAAUGAGAGCUGUAACUGAAGAGAAUGAGUCUCUGAAGAAGCAACUAGAUGAAGCAAAAUCAGAGAUAACGUUGGCUCGUACAAGAGAAGAAGAGACGGCAUCAAAAUUGAAUCAACUAGAGCAAGACUUAGAAGUUAGUAAAGCAAUCGGAGUUCAGUUAAAGGAGAAGUUAGUUAAUGCUGAAGCAGCAAAGGAGUUAAUAGAGAAUGAUAUGAAAAAGAUGAAGGUGCAAACCGAGCAAUGGAGAAAAGUGGCUGAUGCAGCUGCCUCAGUGCUUGCGGGUGGGGUGGACAUGAAAGGGCGUAUUUCAGAUAGGUGUUCAUCCAUGGAUAAUCACUUCACAAGCAUAUUUGUGGCGCCACCCAUCACAGGGCUCGGUGGGUAUCUUGAAUCACCGGGAGCAGGUGAUGAUGCAGACGAUAGUUUUGGGGGAGGAAAAAAGAAGGGUUCUGGGAUCUUGGGUGACUUGUGGAAAAAGAAGGGCCAGAAAUGAGUGUUUUCUAAACUCAUGAGGGAUUCUGUUAGCUUUUGUGGAUGUUGAUGUGUCUUGUGGAGAUGAAUGGUUGCUUACCAUUUGCUAGUGCUCGGUUUAGUUUCAGCAAUACUAUUAAAAUGAAAAUGUGCAUUAAUUUUAAGAUUAUGACUCUUAGAAUGCCUAUGUUCCAUUAUAUCCUAUUAAACAACUACAAUGUUGCAGGAUUACAAUGGUGUUGUUAAGGUACUUCACAUUAAGCAAGCUGCAGGUGUGUAAUUGUGUGUAAUGACCCCCUGGAUCACCCAAGUCUUUGUACUAGUGUUUGGCAAACAACUUUUUGGUUUUGGCUUUGGUUCGCUAAUCA